AUGGCAUCAGCUACAAUUAGGCGCAUUGUAUCACCCUGUUGGAGAUCAUCCAUUGCGGGUGAAAAGUCUAAUAGGAAUGGGGAUUCAAGUGGUCGUGUUAAUGGUUUGCUGUGGUAUAAAGAUUCGGGAAGACACGUGAAUGGUGAAUUCUCAAUGGCAGUUGUUCAAGCAAACUAUUUGUUGGAGGAUCAAAGCCAAAUUGAAUCAGGUUCCAUGAGCUCAAUUGCAGCAAGUCCUCAAGGAACUUUUGUUGGAAUAUAUGAUGGGCAUGGAGGUCCAGAAGCUUCCCGCUUUGUCAAUGACAGCCUAUUUAAGAAUAUCAAGAAAUUUACUGCAGAAAAUCAGGAAAUGUCAGCUGAUGUUAUCCAUAAAGCAUUCUUGGAAACAGAAGAAGAAUUUCUUUCUUUUGUAAGGAAGCAGUGGCAACACAAGCCACAAAUAGCAUCGGUUGGAUCUUGCUGCUUGGUAGGCAUAAUAUGUAGCGGGCAGCUCUAUAUUGCAAAUGCAGGAGACUCUCGAGCAGUGUUAGGUAGACUUGAUAAGGAUAAAAAUGAGAUUAAAGCUGUUCAACUAUCCUCUGAGCACAAUGCUAGCUUAGAAUCUGUCAGACAGGAGAUGCGCACAUUGCAUCCUGAUGAUCCACAGAUUCUAGUUAUGAAGCACAAGGUUUGGCGUGUGAAGGGUCUGAUUCAGGUUUCAAGAUCCAUUGGUGAUGCCUAUCUAAAGAAGGCAGAGUUUAACAAACCACCACUAUUGCAAAAAUUUAGACUCUCAGAACCAUUUGAGAAGCCAAUCCUUCUAGCUGAACCAGCAAUACUAGUACAAAAACUCUAUCCUCAGGAUCAAUUUCUUAUAUUUGCAUCAGAUGGGUUAUGGGAGCACUUGAGCAAUGAAACAGCAGUUGAAAUUGUCCAGAGAUGUCCACGUAAUGGAGUAGCAAGGAAACUUAUCAAAACUGCACUCUGUGAAGCUGCAAAGAAAAGAGAAAUGAGAUACUCAGACUUGAAAAAGAUUGAUAGGGGGGUGAGGAGACAUUUCCAUGAUGAUAUAACGGUUAUUGUUUUGUUUCUUGAUUCACAUCUAAUCAGCCGUGCUAGUUCACAUGGACCCUUCAUUUCGAUCAAAGGAGCUGGUGUUAAUCGCAUGCCAUCAUCGUCCUUCCCAGGUGACCUUCUUUACCUUCCGUCUUUACCUGUCCAUGUUUCUGACUCUCCUUCUAUCACCUCUUCUGCUAAUGAGAUCGAGCAUAGUUCGUCAGAUGUCUCUGUGGACUCACAUUCAACUGCAUCUCCUACUAUGGCUUCGGUCCCACGUUCGGAUAGUGACCUUCCCAUUGCUCUUCGUAAGGACUAUAGGUGA